CAGAUCCUUCAGGAGUUCUUGCUUCAACAGUGUUUGGACGGAACUUCUUCCUCCGGUUUUUCUUCUUCUUCUUCAGAAGUUUGCCUUCCUAACGCCGACCACCUUUUUCUACUUGAACACUACUGACGAAGUCGACCAAGAGCUUUAUUUUUGUACAGUUUUGUUAAGAAAAGGCAGCAGAAACGCCAGCCAAAAUGGAGUCCCAGGUGCGUCAGAACUACCACCGCGACUGUGAGGCCGCCGUUAACCGGAUGGUCAACAUGGAGCUGUUCGCCUCCUACACCUACACCUCCAUGGCCUUCUACUUCUCCCGUGACGACGUGGCCCUGCCGGGAUUCGCCCACUUCUUCAAGGAGAACAGCGACGAGGAGAGGGAACACGCAGAGAAGCUGCUGUCCUUCCAGAACAAGAGGGGGGGACGCAUCUUCCUCCAGGACGUCAAGAAACCGGAGCGUGAUGAGUGGGGUAGUGGGCUGGAGGCCAUGCAGUGUGCCCUGCAGCUGGAGAAGAACGUCAACCAGGCCCUGCUGGACCUGCACAAACUGGCCUCUGACCAUGUGGACCCCCAUCUGUGUGACUUCCUGGAGAGCCAUUACCUGAACGAGCAGGUGGAGGCCAUCAAAAAGCUGGAGACUACAUCAGCAACCUGAGCCGCAUGGACGCUGCCAACAACAAGAUGGCCGAGUACCUGUUCGACAAGCACUCCCUGGGAGGGAAGAGCUAAAGGCGGCGGCCUGGGUGGAGCCGUCAGU